UCAUGAGUCUUAUAUAAUCUUGUAGUCACAGCCAGUGGAUGGAAGAUAGAAGGGAACCUAAGACUGUGAGAUAACGGAGAAUUCUUGGUUAUCAGACUGUAUUCCGGCUUGCUUAUCAGAAUAACGACUAUGAAGAUACAUUUAUUGCUGACAUGUUUGCUGAGCUGUGUAAGCUUCAUCCACUCUGCCAAAAUUCUAGCAAUCCUCCCGUUCCCAGGGAAAAGCCACUACAUUUUUGAGAGUUCUAUUGUAAAAGCCCUUGCCCAAAGAGGGCACCAAGUUGUAGAAUACAGCCCCUUUCCUCCAAAGAAGCCCAUUCCAAAUCUGACUCAUGUAAAGGUUUACACAUUCUAUGAAGAAAUGUUUGCCAAUUGGGACUUCAAAGAGAUGAUAAAACAUUCAGAUUCCAUGGACAACUUCUUCGGUCUUGCCUGGCUGCAUAUUUGGAACUUCAUGUUGCCCAUUUGUGAUGAAAUUUUGAAGAGUGAUAGUAUUAAGAAUCUGCUAAACUCAAAUGAUCAUUAUGACCUGGUACUAACAACAGCUACUUUUGGACAAGAAUCUAUGUUAGUGUUUGGUCACAAAUUCAAAGCUCCAACAAUCACACUACAAGCCUUUCGACACUCGACCUUUCUUAAUAGAGAUGCCGGUAAUGAUUUGAUGAUUGCCUCUAUUCCCGACUCUAUGUCCUUUGCUUUCACAGACAAAAUGACGUUUUUGGAAAGAUUCCGUAAUUUUUGCUCUUCUUUCUCAACUCUGUUUUUGUACUACUUUUGGUACCUUCCUUCUCAGGAAAGUGUUGUCAAGAAGUAUUACAAUUCUCCAGAUCUGCCAUCGUUAUCUGAAAUGACAGCAAACGUAUCGUUAACUCUCAUUAACACACAUCCCGCUGUCUCAUACCCUCAACCAUUUACACCUAACACCGUUCCUAUCGGUGGAAUCACCAUAAGUCCAGAAAGGAUACCUCUGCCACAGGAUAUAAAAAAGUUCAUGGAUGACGCCAAAGAAGGAGUGAUCUACUUCAGCUUCGGCACAGUCGUCUCUACCCACACAAUGCCUCCAGAAACACUUCAAUUGUUUGUCAAUGUGUUCAAGAAACUUCCACAAAAGGUGUUGUGGAAGAUAGAAGCUGACACUCUGCCUGGAUUGUCUAAAAAUGUGAAACUUGUGAAAUGGGUUCCACAGCCAGGGGUUUUAGGUCAUCCCAACUGUGCUGCCUUCAUCACUCAUGGUGGAGUCUUCAGUCAGUUGGAGGCUUAUCACGCUGGGGUCCCAGUUGUUGGUAUUCCAUUCUUCGCUGACCAGUUUUUCAACAUAAAAUUCAAUGAAGAGCAAGGCAUUGGUGUGAAAGUCGAUUUUAAUACGCUUUCAGUAGAAAGUCUCUUAUCUGCAUUAACCAAAGUUUUAAAGGAGCCAAAGUACAAGGAAAACGCAGCUCGAAUCUCACGUGUAUUCCGAGAUGUGCCAAUGUCUGCGGCAGAUACAGCUGUGUUCUGGACGGAGUACAUUUUACGACAUGCAGGAGCGCCACACCUCCGACCAGCUGCCUCCUCUCUGCCUCUCUAUCAGCUGAUGUUGUUGGACGUUGCAGUUGUCGUGUUGGCAGCAUGUGUCAUUAUUAUUGCACUUCCUCUCUUUGUCAUAAAGAAAGUAAUUUCUCUGUUAUGUGGAGGGAAAAAGAAAGUAAUCGGUGAAAAGAAAUAUAAAUGAUUUUUCUCAAAUUGUUUAUUGAUUUGCCCCGAACUUAAGU